AUGGACUCGAUGAAAGCUUUUCGUCUGUGGGUCACAACCACGGAUAGAUGGUGGGGACGGCGGUACCAACUGGACCCGGAAAAUGCUCUAACGGCGUCACAUUUGUUCUCCGACCGGGCACAGACCGCAAUUAAAGAACGAGACUUCGCUGCUGCGUUACAAGACGCCACACAAGCGCUCAAGUACAAUGCAAGCAAUGAGAAAGCCAUCUUACGCAAACUGGUGGCAUUGGAGAACCUGGAGAGGUUCGAAUCGGCUUUGCAAUUGGCCAACGACGUCCUGGACAACGGGUAG